UGACGUACAGUGGCCUGGGCGGUCCGGUUCGGAAUGCUACAUGAUUUCAAAGUAUUUGUCUAACCUGGUAAACAUAUAUUGAUGUCAGUUAUAGCUCAACUAGCUAUCACCAAGAAGUAAAAGGCCAAUUGUCAUUUAAAUUAUUCAUGUAAUGUUUGUAAUUGCGAAAGAAACGAGUUUUCUUUCUGGCAAAGACAUGCGCGUAGCAAUACCAGAUACAUGGGUGGACCUUCGGUGAAGCGUGACGACUGAUUAAUCAAUGAGUGUCAAUAUUAGCGGACAUAACGGAACUCGUGUACGAAUUUUGAACUGUUUAAAGGAGGGCCAACACGACAUGACUGUACGAUAACACGCCCUGAAAUGAAUGUUAGAUUUAAACGAAGAAGAGAACGCUCUUACAGUUUGGAUAUUAAUGUACUCGGGACCGUUCAGGACCUUCCUCUGGAGUAAUUUCACAAUAUGGCUGUCCAAGGGAUAAUUUCUGUUUGGACAUAUUCUUUACUUUUCUGUGUUUUACACCUGUAUAUUAAAGGCGUUGUGUGUUCAGAAUGUACGGAUCUUGCAAGGAUACUGGAAGUUCCAGUUGUGUCUCCAUGCCAACCUACGGCAUCUCACGUGACCGGAAGUGGUGUUGUGUUCGACUUUUAUGAGAGCAACAAUUUAGUAGUGGACAGCUGUUCCUGCUCGAUCACGAUUCCGUCGACAACAGACUUUACACUGUCAAUGUCUGCAUACCAAGGUUUGGGUAUCGACAUCAAUUCGGGGUGUGGGUCUAGGAUCGAGGUCAAUUCCAGCCGAUCAGGGUCACAGGUCAUGGAAUGUCGAGUGUUUGGAUCUAUUGCUAUGAAGGCUGGGGAAAACGCAGCAGUGACACUGUUCAAAGAACAAAAUGGCGAUGCUCGGUACUGUAUGCUAAUGAGUACAGCUCCAUCGUUUAUAAUGGACAUAAACUGUGAGGCCGUGGGAUCUCCGCCUACAACAACGACAAAAACAACAACAAACCCAAUGACCACAACAACCACAACACCACUACCACCAACAACAACAGAACCAACAACCACAACAACAACAGAACCAACAACAACAAAACCAACAACCACAACACCCACUUCUACAUCACUAAUCACUACUACAACACCUACUUCUACCACUGUUACAACAACACUUGCUGUUGCGUCACAACCUAUUACAACUACAGCAAAAACAGCGACCACAACAACAAAACAAGUAACAAAAACAACAAAACCACCAACAACCACUACAACAAAACCACCAACAACCACUACAACAAAACCACCAACAACAACACAACCGUUGGUAACUACAGUUCAAUCUUCAUCGCCAACAACAUCGCCAUUGUUGUCAUCCUCGACCGCUAUAUCUACCACGACUACCACGACUGCUGGGGCCGGUACAAAUGAAGGAGGUCAGGGAGAGAACAGCGGCAACGACAAUCUUAUGAUAAUCAUCCCUGUGGUUGUCGGGUUCUUCCUCCUCCUCCUGUUACUGGUGGUGGUCACACAGCUGGUCAGGACGAAAAAGAAGCAAACAAAGGACCCGGAUAUGGAGAAAUUUAGAUUUGGUCACACAUUUCCUAAGCACAGUGUUUUUCUACAUUCGACCGGCAUGGUGGAAAAUACAAAGUACGACAGUAAGGAGGAUCUUCACAGGUAUAGUGACCGCUACAUUAGCGUUACAAACCCUGUGUACAACCACGGCGAGGCCGAACACUUACCGGACCUUACCGACCAGCAGGUCACAGAUUUUACACAUAACUCUGAGCCAGACAAAAUUAUUUCUGAAAUAACACUAAAUGACACUGAAGUAAACAACGAAGCGCCUUUGUAUGCCGUUGUUAACAAAACUAACACAAAUAUUUCUCUUGACCUUUCGAAGAUGUCCGACUUCAGCAGUAAUAGCAGCAGUGAGGUAAACAGUAUUGGGAUGCUGGAAGAAAACGAGAGAAAUUUGAGACACGAAGAAACUUUUCAUUAUUAACUUUAGUUUCAUUUCAAACAUUAAAUACUGGGCAUGUUUUCGGUCUAAUGACGAAGUAAGAUUAACACUUAGAUCCCCUCUAUUCCUCUGUAGCAAAAUCGUUGUUUUUGUAUGCGAUGGGUCGCAUGAAUUUUUCUGAAAUAUAAAUACUGUAUGAUAAUAUAAUUUUUGAGUCUUUUUCUUAAAUACCAUGAACCCUCUACUAAUCACGUGUUAUUUAGUUAAAAGACAGAACUCGAUUGAACUGUUCUGUGAUAACAACGUACAACGUACAAACAGAAACAUUGUCAGGCUUCAGUAUUGUACUUACAGUGUACACACAGAAACAUUGUCAGACUUCAGUAUUGUACGUACAAUGUACACCGUGAAACAUUGUCACACUUUAGUAGUGUACGUACAAUAUAAUGUACAAACAGAAACAUUGUCAGACUUCAGUAUUGUACGUACAACAUACAAACAGAAACAUUGUCAGACUUCAGUAUUAUACGUACAACGUACAAACAGAAACAUUGUCAGACUUCAGUAUUGUACGUACAACAUACAAACAGAAACAUUGUCAGACUUCAGUAUUAUAGGUACAAUAUAAUGUACAAACAGAAAC